AUGUCGUCGGCGAACCUCUUCCCAAGCUCGUCGGUGGGAGGGAGCUCCGGUGGGGGCGGCGGCGGAGGAGGUGUUCGGGGAUGGGCAUCGGCCACGUCAGUGUCGGCGUCGGGGAAGAGGAUACAGAAGGAAAUGCAGGAGUUCAACGCUGAUCCGCCGCCGGAGUGCUCCGCAGGCCCAAAGGGCGACAAUCUCUACCACUGGGUCUCCACCCUCAUCGGUCCCCACGGUGAUUCUCUCCUUCAGUCCCGGUGACAUCUCUCUCUCUCUCUCUCUCUCUCGUUCACAGCCGGCCUUGAAUCGUUCCUUACCAUUGAUUAUCUCUGUCAUUCCUAGGGUUUUUCGGUUUCCGCUCUCUUCUGCACACGACUAUCAGAGAACCACUCAAUGAAAUCUCUUCUUCUCGGGAGUUGACUUUUGUAACACCCAGCUUGGCUUUUCAUCGGCCGCCAAAUAAAGUCUGAUCAAUCGAUACAUCUGUUAAAUAUUUGUACUUCUGUGCCCUAAUCGAUGGAACUGCCUCUUCUAUCUUUGGAUCCAUCUAAGAAUCUAUCUAAGAACAACUGGGUGAGGUGAAGAAUAUUAUAUCUAAUUAUAGAAUCUGAAGACGACGAACCCAGAUGUGCAAGAUUCUGUACGAACUUCUGUUCAUCUCCAUUAUUUUUCUCCUCUCAUUUCCUAGUUUCUUAGUGGCUUUAUUUUAUUUAUUGUGCCAUUUUCUUGCUCAAUUAUACGAGCUAUUAUGUUUUCACUUGUAGGUUCGCCAUACCAGGGUGGUGUGUUCUUCCUCGACAUCGCAUUUCCUAAUGACUACCCCUUCAAACCUCCCAAGGUACGACAUGAAGAAGCUGCCAUUUUCUGUAUAUAAAAAAAGGAGAUAUUCUAUUUCCGGAAACCAUAUGCGAUGGGAAGUCAACGGCGUUUUAUGAUACAGCUGAGAAAAGUCGUACAGCAUCCAGGGUCUGGAGCUUGGUGGAGUUUCCUCCCAAUUAGAUAUUAAGGUUCUGAUUCCGGUAGAAGCUCAUAGAAGCAGGGAAUGAUUUGCAGGUGUCGUUCAAGACUCGAAUAUACCAUUGCAAUGUGGAUGCAGCGGGCAAUGUGGGGAUCGAGAUCUUGGGAGCUAGCUGGAGCCCCGCGCUGACCGUCUCCAAGGUUCUUCUGGCGAUCAAGUCUCUCUUCACCAAGCCCGAUCCCUGUCCGUCUCCCUCCUCCUCAUCAUCGUUCUCGUUCCCUUUUCUUCGCCUGCCCUCCUCCAGAUCUCCGUCUUUGAUUCGUCCUCUGUACUGGUGCUUCUGGCUCUGGUUCUUGCAGAUAGUCCCCUCGUUCCUGGUAUAGCAAGACUGUUCUUGACUGACAGGCAUCGGCACGACGAGAUCGCCGCGGAGUGGACGACGAGGUUCGCCAGGUGA